CGCUUCCUUUCCACGCAACGGAUUCUUCCUCCUCCGGGGCUGAGAGAAAACGCCAAGGCAGGGAGAGGUCAGGGGCAAGGAAAACGCAAGAAACGAUACACGAUACCGUUGUAAAUAUAUCAGACAAGCGGAAAUUCAGCAGCAUUUCCCCCCUAUUUUGGGGCAAAGAAAACUGGGACGGAGUCUGAGAAGUUGAUCUAAGUCCACCCCGGUUUUUUUCUUCUUUUUUUUUCGUUCUUGUGGUUGACAGUUAACCGCUUGUGCUGGACGUGAGCGCGCUGGCGUCAUUGCUCCUUCCAGGAAGUACUCUGCACCAUUUCCUUUUGCAGAAGCCCAACAAAAGAGACUGCAUCGGCCACUUCCUGUCCAAGUGCGUGUAGAUGUGCGACAGCGGAUUGUGCGAGGACAAGCCCCCCGCCCCCCCUGUCAGGAUGAGUAGCCAAGGAGGAGGAGCCAAGGACCCCCAGUCCACCAAUCACAACUCUCGGCCGCUUCCGUCCGUGCCGGAGGAGCGCAAGUCCAGAAAUAAAAUCAUCUCCAUCUUUGCUUCGGAGAAAGGAGGUAGGAAGAAGGAUCGGGAUAAGGACAGGCCAGAGAUCUCCUCCCCGUCGGAUUUUGAACACACCAUCCAUGUGGGCUUUGACGCCGUCACUGGAGAGUUCACGGGCAUGCCGGAGCAAUGGGCUCGUCUCCUCCAAACCUCCAACAUCAGCAAAUCUGAGCAGAAGCAGAAUCCCCAGGCGGUCCUGGACAUCCUCAAGUUCUACGACUCCACCAGCGGGAAGCAGAAAUACCUCAGCUUCUCGGCCUCAGAUAAAGAUUCGUCGUUGGUUAAGCAGGGCACCACCACUUCCUCAUCAGGCGCUAAAGACGCCGACGAUGACGAUGAUGACGACAUGCCGCCGCCCGUCGUGGCGCCCAGGCCGGAACACACUAAGUCGGUCUACACGCGGUCGGUGAUCGACCCUAUCCCGGCUCCGGAGGCCGACGCCGCUUCCAAGGCGGCCGACAGGCAGAAGAAGAAAGGAGGCAAAAUGACGGACGAGGAGAUCAUGGAGAAACUCCGGACUAUCGUUAGUAUCGGAGAUCCCAAGAAGAAAUACACUCGAUACGAGAAGAUCGGACAAGGGGCAUCUGGAACCGUCUACACGGCCAUAGAUGUUGCUACAGGGCGGGAGGUGGCCAUCAAGCAGAUCAAUUUGCAGAAGCAACCCAAGAAAGAACUCAUCAUCAACGAGAUCCUGGUCAUGAAGGAGAUGAAGAAUCCCAACAUCGUCAACUUUGUUGACAGUUUCCUGGUUGGCGAGGAGCUGUUUGUGGUGAUGGAGUACCUGGCGGGCGGCUCGCUGACCGACGUGGUGACGGAGACGUGCAUGGACGAGGCCCAGAUCGCAGCCGUAUGCAGAGAGGUCCUGCAGGCUCUGGAGUUUCUUCACGCCAAUCAGGUCAUCCAUCGAGACAUCAAGAGCGACAACGUCCUGCUGGGAAUGGACGGAUUGGUCAAACUCACCGACUUUGGCUUCUGCGCUCAGAUCACGCCAGAGCAGAGCAAGCGCAGCACCAUGGUGGGCACGCCGUAUUGGAUGGCUCCGGAGGUGGUCACCAGGAAGGCCUACGGGCCCAAAGUGGACAUUUGGUCCCUGGGCAUCAUGGCCAUCGAGAUGGUGGAGGGAGAGCCCCCUUAUCUUAACGAGAACCCUCUCAGGGCAUUGUAUUUAAUUGCCACCAACGGCACUCCUGAGCUGCAGAGUCCAGAGAAGCUGUCCCCCGUCUUCCGAUCCUUCCUGUCGCGAUGUUUGGAGAUGGACGUGGAGAAACGAGGGUCAGGCCGAGAACUUUUGCAGCAUCCUUUCCUGAAGCUGGCCAAGCCUCUGUCCAGUCUGACUCCUCUCAUCCUGGCUGCCAAGGAGGCCAUGAGGAGCAACCGCUAAGUACACAAGAGGGUAUUUACCCCCCCCAAAAGAAUCACCCCAAAAACCCAGACAGUGUUUUUUUUUUUCACCUUUGUGCCUUCCUUACAUUGCGUUUGUCAACAUGCCAUGUGCAAUUUGAGGUGGUUAAAUAAGUUAGACAUCAAGGAACAACUAUUUACCCUCCUACCGCCAUUUCUGCAUGACAGCUUUUCAGUCACUCGAAAGUGGCUCUGGAUCUUGGUCCACCCAGUCUUAUUAAUGUGUGGAUACAUUUCUACUACACUCCAGACAGUCAAUUUUUUUAUACUAGCCAUUAAACAAUACAUUUUCCUAUAAGCAUACAGUAAAUAAACAUAAAAAAAACUUAGUCAUGCACUUUUUGGGAUGGUUGAGUCAUACAUUUUUAUGAAUGUAAAUAUGUCUGAAAGCCCUGAAUUUAAACUAACGGUGCUGUCCUGGUGCUGAAUUAAAUCAUCUGAAUACGAUUUUUUUUUUCACAUUUAACAUUUGUUUUGUUUCUCAAAUCAUAAAAUCUAUGCAAACACAUUCAUGCAUACUACCAAAAACAAGGAGCAUGUUUUUGCCUCGCUCAAUGUUCGGUUUGUCCUUGUGUGUGUCUGUGUGUGACUUUUUUACACGAUAGAAAGGACAAUAACCUGAUCAAAUUAAUCUGGAUAAGUUGUUUUACGUGUGACUAACGCCAGAAAAGUCCCUGUCCCCAAAUAUUGACAAAUCACAGAUAAUAUUUUUCAUAGUUUCGAUGGAAAUUUAUCCCCUAAAGGACCUCAACGCCAUGUCAGUUUAGACAAUCACUGGAAAUAUUUGAAUGUGCAUUUAAAAUGUUCUGUGACAUGCAUAUUAUUUGGCCAGGGACCAAAGUAGACGGAUAGAGGAAUUUUAUCAUUCAAAACAAAAUGUUUUUCAUGCAACAAGUGACUGGAGUGGAAUAAAACAGUUGGUAAAUUAUUCAGAAA